CUCUGAGUUAACACUCAAUGGAAGUACAAAAAAAUUAAAUAAAGAAAAAAUAUGAAACACAAAAUUGUUAAAUGAAUUCUGAGCGCACAAAAUCUAAAACUGUUGCGGGGUAAUAAAAAUGAGCCGGCUAUCAGUGAAUACAGUGAAAUCAGUUAAAUCAACUCUUAACAAAUUGGACAGUCAUUCGGCCUACGUACAAAUUGCAGUCGGCGGUGGCACUGGCUUUAUCGUUGGCUAUGUUUUCUUCAAGGUCAGCAAGGUGCUGGCCAUAUGCAUUGGCAGUGCAAUUCUGACCGUCGAGGUGGCCGUCGAGACGGGUCUGAUCAAAAUCGACUGGAGCAAGGUGACAGAUCAACAGCAUGAGCCACCGAUUGUGCGGCAAAUGGCCGUCUCGCCCUUCACGCCCAUGGACUAUGCCAUUGAUGUGGACAAGGCCAAGCAGAUUAUCCUGUCGAGUGCACGGCUCUCAAUCGCUAUAUUGGGCGGUUUCCUGCUGGGCUUUGGAUUCUCCUGAAUGAAAUGAAUUAGCUUAUAUAAGCAGGCCAGAGCAUAGCCACGAUAUUUGUAAUACCAAUGCACAUCACAAGUACAAGUGACUAUAUUUUUCACUUUCAUAAUUCGCUCCUUCUCUCUCUCUCUCUCUCUUUCUGCCUGUGUUUUACUUUACACAUAUUAAAAGUUGUUGGUGCACAUAAAACGGGAAAACUUGAAAGUUUUAACAACA